AAUGGGUCAAAGGAAGCCCAAAAUAGCCCUCAAGAAGCAAAACCCUAAACCCGGCCGAAACGACGUCGUCGAGAGCUGCUCUCUCCUUCUCGCCGAAUCGCCGGCGGGUGAAAUCGUGGCCCAUUUUCUUCAGUUGGGGCGAAAAUGGCGGCGUAUAUAAGCAUGGGAGAAGCUCAUAGGAGGAUCACGGAGUAUUUGAAUCGCUUCUCCGAUGCUGUUUCGUAUCAAGACGGGAAGACCUUGAGUCGUCUCCUUUCCAUCUCCUCCGACUCCGCCGCCCUUCUCUCCCUCGCCGACGCCCUCAAUACAUUUCAGGAUGCUAAUAGAAUCAUACGGCAAUCAGAGAACUUCUCUCAGUUUGUGGACGUUCUGCUUCCUAUUUUCCGUGCCUUGCAGAGUUAUCGGCUAAAGAAUUUGGUUGAGUCUUACUCAGCCUUUGAGAAAGCAUCCAAUGCUUUUAUUCAGGAAUUUCGAAACUGGGAAUCAGCAUGGGCAUUGGAAGCUUUAUAUGUGCUAGCAUAUGAAAUUAGAAUUCUUGCGGAGAGGGCUGAUAUAGAAUUGGCCUCUAUUGGGAAAACCCCGGAAAAGCUACAAGGUGCCGGUUCUUUUCUCAUGAAAGUAUUUGGCGUUCUUGCUGGAAAGGGACCAAAACGUGUGGGAGCUUUAUAUGUGACAUGCCAACUAUUUAAGAUAUAUUUCAAGCUUGGGACAGUCCACCUAUGUCGCAGUGUGAUAAGGAGUAUCGAAACUGCAAGGAUUUUUGAUUUUGAGGAGUUUCCAGUCCGUGACAAGGUCACUUACAUGUAUUACACUGGUCGUUUGGAGGUGUACAAUGAAAAUUUUCUUGCUGCCGACCAAAAGUUAUCGUAUGCGCUAACACAUUGCAAUCCAGAGAAAGAAGCAAAUAUAAGAAUGAUAUUGAAAUAUUUGGUACCUGUGAAGCUCUCAUUAGGCAUCUUACCCCAAGCAUCACUUCUCGAGAGAUUUGACUUAAAUGAGUAUAGUAAUGUAGUACUUGCUCUUAGAAGAGGUGAUCUUCGACUUCUCAGGCAUGCCCUUGAUGAACAUGAGGACAGGUUCCUACGAUCAGGCGUGUACCUUGUUUUGGAGAAGCUGGAACUCCAAGUUUACCAGCGCUUGGUCAAGAAAAUAUAUAUAAUGCAAAAACAGAAGGAUCCAAGUAAAGCACACCAGAUCAAGUUGGAUGUUAUUGUUAAAGCACUGAAAUGGCUCGAGAUGGAUGCGGACGUUGAUGAGGUCGAGUGCAUAAUGGCGAUUCUUAUACACAAGAACUUGGUGAAAGGGUAUUUUGCCCACAAGAGCAAAGUUGUGGUUUUAAGCAAACAAGAACCUUUCCCUAAACUAAACGGUAAACCGGUGAGCUCAUAGGCGAUAACUUAUACUCUUCUUGCAUACUCUAUGUUAUAGCUCGUCACCCCUUUGAUUAUGCGCGAUGUCCUCGCUCUUGGUCAUUGCGCCGAAGCCGAAAGUUUAGGGAUGAUCCUAAUGCUAGCUACAUGUGGAAAUAUGUUUUUAGAUGGUAAGGGUAAAGAUUAGCUCAUGUCUGAAUGUAUUUUUGUUACUGUCACUACACUUUACUUUGGACUGUGUUUUAUCUUUGCCCUGCUAAAAUUAGAAGAGUAUUUUCUUGCAACUGUGCAUCUCUCUUUUGUAUAGAAAAGUUUUUCUUUCUCAAAAACUGGACAUUUGUUGUUCUGAUUUAUAAACAAUGAAAUAAAUUUUACUUUUUCCAGAGUAA